AUGAUUCCUCUCGCCCUCCUGCCCCCCCUGCUGGCGGGCCAGACCAUUGCAGCCUCCGAACCGGUCAGGCUUCUCGAACGCGCCGAUAGCAACAAUGCCUUCCUCCCAGUUACCUCUCAAGGCUGUCCACCAGACUGGCCGACCUGCGGCUCCAGCGGCAUCUGCUACAACCCAGAAGAAGGACAAACUUGCUGUCCCGGAGGAACAUAUGCCUGCCCCUCCUCCACCUUCUGCCUCCUGGACCCCUACUGCUGCCCCAACGACCUAACCCCCGAAGCCUGCGCGGAUGAAUACGGCCUCACCCUCGUCCCUACAAAACCCCCAUCCGAGCCAACGCCAUUCUCUCCGCCGAGGCCCAGCGAAACUGAAAGCGAUAGCGAUAGCGAAAGCGAGACAUUUGGGGGCGACGGCCCGCGACCGACGGGCCACCCGACGUCAUCGGACUCGGCGAACAGCAGCAUCACGCUUAGCCCGACGCCCAUCCCGACUAGCUCGGUUGUGCUGUGGCCGACGAGCCUGAGUCUUAUUCCCACGGGGAGUCCCAGUGCGGAGGAGGAGCCGGCUUAUACGGGCGCGGGCUGGAGCUGGAGGUUGAGGGGUGGCGAGUUGGGGGCUGUUGCUGGUGCCCUUAGCGCUGUCGUUAUGGGGCUGAGUAUUUUGCUUUGA